AGUUGAGGUUGGGAUGUGUUUGGAUGUGGAGAGGGGCGGACAGGUUUAAAUGACGUGCAGUGCCAGCGGACCGAGCAGCAGGCGUCUCCAGCAGCUACAGUCAGGAAUCUUCUGGCAUCCUGGUAUAUCCUGGUGGCUCGUUGUGCCUGAAAACAAACCGUCGUAACCAGAAUGACGACGCAAUAACAUAAGACACUUAACAGUUUUACGAAAGCAGCUUGAGAAUGUCGGAGAGAAAGAGAAAACCAUCCACUCCUAUCAAACCGCUCUCCAAAAAAGAACAAGAAGUGCUGAAGAAGAAGGAAGUAGAGAAAGCAGCAGAGGUUUUUGAAGAGUUCGUGGCAUCGUUUGAGACCAGUGAGAAAAACAAGGUGAAGACUUUUGUGCGAGGGGGUAUAGUGAAUGCAACUAAAGAGGAGGAAGAAGCAGAAGUGAAAAAGAAUAAGCUGUACCGACCUGCCACAAAGUUUGUCUCUGUGUCUCACCAUGUCUCACCAUCAGCGUCGUCAGAAAGCAGAAAGUCUGCAUUUAAAAAAAAGGUGGAUGAGAAGAAGAAGAGUAAUCUUGAACUUUUCAAAGAAGAACUUAAGCUAAUACAAGAAGAGCGUGAGGAAAGACAUAAAAGAAAGAGGGGUGAUUCUGGUGUAAGAAGAGAAGGUGGAGGACAUGAAGAUCUGGAUCUAUCCUCACUGGGACGAUCAAUGUUGUAUGAUGACUUAGCCCCAGUUUCCACCAACCUCUACAUUAACUGCAUUAGUCCAAAGAUGAAUGAAGAGAUGCUCUGCCGGGAGUUUUGUAAACAUGGCCCCCUGGCCAGCGUGAAGAUCAUGUGGCCCCGAACAGACGAAGAGCGUUGCAGAACUUCCAACAGAGCCUUUGUGGCCUUCAUGACACGAAAAGACGCAGAAAGGGCCAUGGCUGCUCUGGAUGGUAAAGUGAUUAUGGGGUUUGAAAUGAAACUGGGAUGGGGCAAACCAGCCCGUAUUCCACCUCAGCCCCUGUACACACCAGUUGGGGUGAGAGCUGCACCCCCGCCCCCAUCUGGCCUGCCUUUCAACGCCCAGCCAAGGGAUCGCUUACGCAAUGACUUCACAAAACCUCUGGGCAUGUCGAAAACAGAGCUCAACAAGACUCUGUCCGAAGCCGUAGUCAAAGUGGUUAUCCCAACCGAAAGGAAUCUGUUAUUCCUCAUUCACAGAAUGAUAGAGUUUGUGGUGCGUGAAGGUCCCAUGUUUGAAGCCAUAAUAAUGAACAAAGAGAUAAAAAAUCCAGAUUACAGGUUUCUUUUUGACUGUAAAAGCCAAGAUCACGUGUACUAUCGCUGGAAGUUGUUCUCAAUCCUCCAGGGAGAGUCUCCCACCAAGUGGAGGACAGCCGAUUUCCGUAUGUUCAGAGGAGGCUCAGUAUGGAGACCCCCUGUCCUAAAUACUUACUCUUUGAGAGGAGAUGAUGGAGCAGAGGGAAUGAACACGUCUCCCUUAGAGGAGGAGGAGGUGAAGAAGGGUCAGCUCAGAGCUGAGCACAAACAGAAACUGGAGACACUUCUAGAGGAGCUGACUCCUAGCAGAGACGGUAUCGCCAGUGCCAUGAUGUUCUGCCUGGAACGAGCAGAUGCUGCAGAAGAAGUAGUGGGACUCGUCACCGACUCGUUUUCUGUGCUUCCGACACCCCUUCAGAAGAAGAUCUCUAGGUUGUAUCUCGUCUCAGACCUUCUGCACAACUCUAGUGCUAAAGUAGCCGGUGCAUCAUAUUAUCGUAAAUAUCUUGAAACAAAGCUACCGCAGAUAUUUGAGUUUCUUAAUGCCGCCUAUAAGAACAUACAAGCCCGGCUGCAGGCCGAGCAGUUUAAGCAAAAGGUCAUGAAUUGUUUUAGAGCGUGGGAAGACUGGGCCAUAUAUCCAGAGCCUUAUCUAAUCCGCCUUCAGAACAUCUUUCUGGGCUUCGUCAAAGCAGGAGAAGAGGAAGCAGAGACGGUAGAGGAUACAUCCCGUGAGCUUGAUGGUGUGCUGCUGGACAGAACCCUUGUAGAUGGGUUACGACUGGGCAGAUCUCCAGUGGAUGACAUCGACGGCUGCCCCAUGGGCUGGGACCCCCUGGAUGGGGUACCUGUAGAUGAUCUAGAUGGUGUUCCUUUGGCCACUGCUAUAGAUGACAUAGAUGGAAUACCCUUGUAUGAGAGCAGUAACCGUCUUUCUGGGGUGCCUUUGUCUAAAUGGGAGAAAACCAGUGACACUGGGACAUUUUCUCAUGCCAAAGCCGAGUCCAAGUGGGACACUGUGGGCGAGCAAGAGGAUGAAGAUAAAGUGAAUGUUAGCAGCAACUCACACGAGGAAGACGAGGACUCGGAGAGCGACAGCAGUGCCGACUCCUCCGGUGCACCAAACUAUGACAGUGCGGUUUUCCAGAGCUCCCUCAAAAGUUUCCAAGUGUCUGAGAGUAAAAGGAAAAGGCUGAGGGAGGUAGAGGUAAAGGUAAUGAAGUUCCAGGAUGAGCUGGAGUCUGGGAAAAGGCCGAGGAAGUCCGGACAGAGCAUGCAGCAUCAAGUGGAGCACUACAGAAACAAACUGCUACAGAAGGAGUUUGAAAAGAACGAAGAAAAGAAUGAGAGAUCAAAGUCCAAAGACGGGCAGAAGGAUGACAGGCGGAACAGAGAGAAGAGCAAAAGAAAGGAUGAAGGCGACAGAAGACGGAGCAGCGAUACUGGAGAACAAGCUCGAAAAUCACGGAGCAGCUCUCCCAUAAGCAGGAAAAAGUCUCCCAAACGGUCCAAACGUUCCCGAUCACCAUCCCCAGUUCUAAAGUCCAAAAAGUCCAGGUCACGGUCGCCACAUCGCUCCCAUAAGAAGUCGAAGAAGAGCAAACACUGACUGCUGCUGUUCCAACCAUCCAUGCAAGAUCCAGCUCCCUUUUCUAUGUGAAGUUUCAACACUGUAACUACUUAUAUUUUUGUUUUUAAAAUAAUCUAAUGCUGCAAAUUCUGACAUUAAAUCAUCUUUGGUGAUGAA